AUCCACAAAUGCAAAUUCAUUAUUUGCUUGUGUUGCAUUGUACAAUGUAAUUUUUUGGAUAUUAUAGAUAUUAUUUAUAUUAAUUGUUAAUAUUAGGCUGUUAGUAAUAAUAGUAAUAAAAAAAUGCAGAAACCAGUUGUAACUACCCAGGAGUUUUCGUUACGUAUUCCAAAAUUACCUAAUAAAAAAUAUGAAAUUAUGAAAUUUAAUAGUAACUUGAAUAUUGAUUUUGGAAAAUGGAUUCAUGCCAAAAUUGAAAGAGAUGUUGUUAAGGUAGAUGGAAAAAUUGAGGAAGAAGAUAUGCCAAAAUUUGGAGCUGGUAGUGAAUUUGGUAGAGAAGCCAGACAAGAAGCUAGAAAAAGAAGAUAUGGUGGGAAUAAAAAAGUUUCUGAAUCUAGUCCUUGGAUUUUGAAAGUUGGAGGAAAAAAAUUUAGAGGUGUUCGUGAAGGUGGUAUAACUGAUAAUUCAUCAUAUUAUGUUUUUACACAUGGAUCAGAUGGCAUAAUUAAUGCUCAUAAAUUAGAGGAGUGGUAUAAUUUCCAACCAGUGCAACGUUAUAAAACACUUUCUGCUGAAGAAGCAGAAGAAGAGUUCGGAAGACGCAAUAAGGUGAUGAACCAUUUUAAUCUUAUGUUGCAAAAAAGACUGAAAAAUGAAGAAGAUGAAGAAAUAGAUGAAGAAGAAAAAGGAAAGGGAAAAAAAGGAGCAAAAAACCGGAAAAGCAAAGAACUUAAAAUUUCUGAAAUGGAUGAUUGGGUUGAUAGUGAAGAUGAAGAAUCUGAUGAUGAUGAACAAGAUGAAGAAAAAGUUGAGAGUAAAAAGAAACAAAAAUUGAAAAAUAAAAAUCAACCUAAAUCAAAAAAAAAAUCUAAAGGUUCUGAUGAAUCUGCUUUUGAAGAAAGUGAUGAUGGUGAUGAAGAAGGGAGAGAACUUGACUAUAUAUCGGAUUCAUCGGAUGAAGUAUCAGAUGAUGAAGCAAAAGUUACCAAAGAAAUGCAAGGUGUAUCUGAAGAAAAAGCAUUGAAAAGUCUGUUGACAUCAGAUGAAGAUGAAGAUGAGGAUGAAGAACAAAAAGAAAAAAAUAAAGAAAUUGCAAAUAAUACUGAUGUAGAAGAAGAAGAUAAGGCAAAAAAAGAAGAAAAUAAACCAAAACAAGCAACACCUAGCAAAAAAAAGAAAAAACAAUCAGACAAAAAAUCAAAAAAAGAGUCUGAUACUGACAGUGAUAGUUCUGUAGAUAGCUCAGAUAUUGAAAAUGAAAUGCUUAAAAAAAGACCUUUAAGCUCUGAUGGAAAUAAAGAGACUAAUGUAGACCAAUUGAGUACAAGUUCAAAUAAUUUAAGUGCUGAGCCAGCUAAGAAGAAACUAAAAUUAGAAUUUUCUGCAUUAACUAUGCCUGAUACACACGGUAUUACUGAAGAAGCUGUUCGGCGUUACUUAUCACGAAAACCAAUUACAACUACUCAACUAGUUUCGAAGUUUAAAAAUCGAUCAAACUUAAGUUCAGAUCAGCUGGUUAGCAUAAUUGCUUUGUUGUUGAAAAAAAUCAAUCCAGAGAGAAAAAAUAUUAAAAAUAAAAUGUACUUGUCGUUAAAACAUGUUUGAAAAAAUUGUCAAUCAUUAUAAAAAGUUGUAACUGCCUUUUUUACUUAUUAAUUGAAAUAUUUGCUAUUUAUAUUAAAAUGUAUUUGGUAUAAAAAAAUGUAUUUUUAAUAACUUAUAAAUUAUAACCCAGCUUAUUUUUUUUUAAUUAA